AUGGGGCACAAACGUGGGAACAAAAACCAGGGCGCUCGUGGCAACCACCACCAGCAGCCACGCCAUGGGGGACCUAAUCAUGGAAACAAUGAUAACCAAAAUGAUGUCCAGAAUGAGCAGCCUCGACAUUAUCAAAAUAAUGCUCAACAAAACAACUACCGCCAAAAUAACUACCGUCAAAACAAUAAUCGCUUCAACGGCCCCUCGCAUAAUAACAAUCGAGUGUAUGAUAACAGGUCCAAUACACAUCCGUAUAAUACUGGUGGUCGAAACCACUACAAAGGAGGCGGAAAGGCAGCGAAUACAAACAACUCGUGGAAGGCAGACUCCACCACCCACCAGCAUCAUAUCUGGGACAAGUACUUCGAAGAGACAGUCGAAUGCCCGAUUGACCAACAGGUCGCAAUGGAUGCCCAGAAGCAACAUCAAGUUCAACAAGUUCGAGAAGUGCUGGUCGAUUGGCUUAUCACUGACCCAGCUCGCCUCAAAGAAGAACUAUUCAAUCCAGGCAAACUUGAAGAAGUCCUCCGACAACGGUGGCCUGUCACUGAGGCAUUUGAGAAGAAUGUCACCGAUGUGUUCAGAACACAACUGGUGAAAAACUUUGCUAUCGCGCUCGAGGACGUGGCUGCAAUAUGCUUCCCUGACCGAAAGAAUGCGGGCCGGAACCGCAUGAAUAGUUCGCCGUCGGAUAGCUCUGAGGGGCGCCACGACUGGCGGCUCAAGCUUGAACUCAUUGUCUCAGACAUGUAUGUUGCCAAAGAUUGGAUGGCCAACAUACCGGCUGCCAAAUGCGAUCGAUGGCUAGUGAGCCUCGUUCUCGACAACCUAGAUCCAGCCCUCCGUCAAUUUGUGGAAUGGUCAUUGAAUGACUGCAUCAAAGGUCAUGUCACAGUGAAGCAGCUCGAUCUCCAUCUGCAGACUUGGAUUCAAGUGUUUGAUAGCAGUGCUGCUCAGAUCUAUGCCGUGCAACACCACGGUGAGCCGGCGGUCUUGAAUGAGGCUACGGAGUCUGGUGUGCCCCAGAUUGUGCACUUCUUUGCCUGCCAGCCACAUCAUGCGGCACUAGCAUGCAGUGCUUUCAACGACCUGUACUGCCAGAAUGCACGUGUCAAAUUGUCCUACCAAGGAUAUAGUUAA